ACGGCCAAUGAAACAAGCAAUUGCUUUUUAAUUGGUGACGUACGUCCCUACAAUUGAACUCCUGAAGUUUGAAGCCCGUUCCAUCACACUUAACAAGUGCAAGAAUUUGUGAUUCACAAUUUAGCCCUAUGCACAAGCUGGUGCAUUUUCUUAUUACAUUACAAAUGAUUUUUCAACGUUACAUAGCAUUUUUUAUUUUACUAAGUUUGUGAUCAAUAUACUGCAGACUUUUCGUAAUUUUAACGUAUAAAGUGUUUCACAUGUAAUGGACCCCUAAAUUAGUUUCGUUACUAUUGAAGUUUCAGGAUCUUCGACACGCGUUAAAAGACGCGGCGGCCUUUCUCCCAAAGCAGCGCGUACAAUAACUCUUUCGUGGGUCGCGCAGUGGGCUGGAUCGGCAAAAUUCAAUAAGACGCUGGUGAACAGCAUUUAAAGCUAUGGACGAUGAGGUAAUUGGUAACAAUCAGAAUAAUAAAAGGUCACCGAUGACUUUAAACGUCACUGGACUAUGGGACGUUGUCCCGCGUUUAGACCAUUACAGAUUGAGUCGGCGCGCUAAAAGACCAUCUCUGAGCACCCUGCACGAAGGAAAUCUUAUAAAGGACGCUAAUAUAGAAGCUGGCCAAGUUGGAUCGUCGCAACAAGGACACACGGGCAUAAAGCUAGGAUGGAUCCAGGGUGUCCUAAUACCAUGCCUCUUGAACAUAUGGGGUGUAAUGCUUUUCCUGCGGCUGUCCUGGGUAGUGGCGCAGGCCGGCAUAUUGCAAAGUGUCAUUAUUAUCGGCAUAUCGGCGGCAGUUUGCGUCAUCACAACGCUCAGCCUUAGCGCAAUUAGUACUAAUGGGGAAGUAAAGGGAGGUGGUAUAUACUUCAUCAUAUCACGCACGUUGGGAGCAGAAUUUGGAGCUUCCGUUGGAAUUGUUUUUGCAUUUGCCAAUGCGGUUUCGGCAUCAAUGAACACCAUUGGCUUUUGCGACUCCCUAAACGACUUGCUAAGGGAAAAUAAGUUGAAAAUCAUAGACAAUGGGGUAAAUGACGUCCGAAUAGUGGGAACAGUCGCACUCAUUGUUAUGAUUUUGAUUUGCGCCAUCGGAAUGGAAUGGGAAUCAAAGGCACAAAAUUUCCUCAUAGCCAUCAUUGUUGCAGCGAUUUUUGAUUUUCUGAUUGGUACAAUUAUGGGACCAUCAAGUAUCGAUCAAAAAGCACAAGGAUUCCUUGGAUUCUCUAGCGAAGUGUUCAUGAACAAUAUGGGACCAGAUUAUCGGUUUUCCGAGAACAACAAUCAGACGUUCUUCUCCGUGUUCGCCAUUUUCUUUCCAUCGGUGACCGGAAUUCAGGCAGGAGCUAAUAUUUCUGGCGACUUGAAGGAUCCAGCCAGUAGCAUACCGAUAGGGACCCUUCUCGCGCUGCUAAUUUCGAUGCUGAGUUACCUCACAUUCGUUUUGUUCGCUGGUGGCGCGGCUUUAAGAGAUGCCGGUGGUCUCAUCGCAAAUAACACCAUUAUAGAUUGCAUUCCACAAGUGAAUUGCACUUAUGGAUUACAUAACAGCUAUUCAGUAAUGCAACUUAUGUCCGUUUGGGGCCCAUUCAUAUACGCCGGAUGUUUUGCUGCAACUCUCUCGACAGCUUUAACAAACUUGUUGUCAGUGCCACGAUUAAUACAGGCGUUAGGACAAGACCGUAUUUACCCUGGUCUGAUAUACUUCAGCAAAGGCUAUGGAAAACAUGGUGAACCUUACCGUGGAUAUGUUCUAACGUUUUUCGUCGCAGCAUUAUUCCUUUUGAUAGCUAACUUGAAUGCAGUAGCGCCUUUGAUCUCAAACUUCUACUUGGCUUCGUAUGCCUUAAUAAAUUUCUGCACUUUUCAUGCAGCAUUCAUUCGACCUCUUGGAUGGCGUCCUACCUUCAGAUAUUACAACACCUGGUUGUCCUUGUUCGGUUUUAUCACAUGUGUUUCCAUAAUGUUUUUAAUUGACUGGGUGACAUCACUUGUUACCUUCGUCAUUAUCUUCGCGCUAUAUUUGAUUGUCGUUUAUCGGAAACCAGACGUAAAUUGGGGCAGCAGCACGCAAGCACAAACUUACAAGACUGCGCUUUCUAUCGUAUACAGGCUGAAUUCGAUUGACGAGCACGUGAAAAAUUACGCUCCUCAAAUUUUGGCACUAGCUGGACCCCCUGGCGCCAGGCCAGCAUUACUGCAUCUGGCUAAUCUCAUUACAAAAAACCAUUCCCUGUUGAUUUGCGGUGAAGUAUAUCCGACGAAUUUAUCGUACCGACUCCGUUCAGUUCGAUUGAGAAAUGGUUACGCGUGGUUACAUCAACAACGCAUAAAAUCUUUUUAUCACAUGGUGGAGGAUCUGUGCUUCGAACGAGGUGCUUCAGCAUUGAUGCAAGUAGCAGGCGUUGGAAAAUUAGCACCGAACGUUGUUCUAAUGGGUUACAAAACACAUUGGUCAACUUGUAACCAUAAAGAUCUUCAAGAAUACUUCAACGUCCUCCACAACGCAUUCGAUCAAAAAUUAGCUGUGGCUAUGCUUCGAAUAGCUGAAGGUUUGGAUUGUUCGGAAGUAGUAACUGCAAAUGGUGAUGAAGAUCAUGGUACCCUAGCACAAAGUAGCUACGACUUGACUGGGAGCACUUUAAUGCAUGUAGACAGUAAUUUAUCAAUGUCCAGUGAAAUUCCAAGGGUUCAAAGUGUGCCAACAAUGGGAACUCAAUUUGUGCCAGUCGAUGGACCACAUAUAAUUAGAGAUUCACCGACUCACGGAAGUGCUCGGGAGCAUCUUAAACAUAAGAGAAAACAUGCAAUCGAAAAAUUAAUGGAAAAACGGCACGCAAUGACAGCUGUACCUGAACACUUGGCAAUAUUCCAGAAAAAACAUAAAAAAGGAAUAAUUGAUGUGUGGUGGUUAUACGACGAUGGAGGGCUGACGAUUCUGUUGCCGUAUAUCAUCAGCACACGCUCGAAUUGGGAACACUGUAAGAUGAGAAUUUUCGCACUGGCGAACCACAAACAAGAUAUUGUCGCGCAAGAGAAAGAAAUGGCAGAGAUUAUGGCAAAGUUCAGGAUAAGAUAUACUAGUCUCAAAAUGGUGGAUGAUAUAAGUGUACAACCAAAGCAAGAAACACAAGACUUCUUUGACAAACUUAUAUCCGAUUUUCGAAAGAAUGACACUGUUGAUACAGAAUGUUGUGUGACAGAACUUGAACUCCAAUCUUUGAAGGACAAGACGCAUAGGCAAUUAAGACUUCGGGAGUUAUUACUAGAGAAUUCCAGUCAGUCCACGUUGGUUGUAAUGUCAUUACCAAUGCCACGAAAAGGUGCAGUCUCCGCUCCGCUGUAUAUGGCAUGGUUGGAAGCUUUAACCAAAGAUAUGCCGCCAACAAUAUUAAUACGUGGGAAUCAAACGUCAGUACUGACGUUUUACUCGUAGUUCAUCAACGUAAUUCAAAAAGAGAAUUAUAAUUUAAAUCUCUAGAAUGAAAUUUACGUUAAAUAACAACGCGACAACUGAGCGAAUGCGAAGACAUUUUCUGAUGCGUACAGACAGUAUUCGGUAUAUUCAUGCCAAAAGUUAUAUAGGUGCUAUAAUCUGUUUUCGUUUUUAUACAGUAUUUUCCUCAAUGUUGAACCCCGGGGUACUUAAUAACGAGAUUAUUUUAGCAUAGAAACGAAAGACAACAAUAUAGGGACACUUAUAAAUUAUAAUAUCAUAAUUUUACUAUUUGUAAGAUUUUAGGGCACACAAAUAAAGAAGUGCAUAUACAAAUCAAACUUCUUGAGAAAUGUCACGUACUUUUGAGUGAAAAAUGAUUUUCUAUUAGUUACAUUAUUAAUAAACGACUUUUAUAUUAUGCGUGAAUAUUAGAAAUAGUAUAGAAACAUCGUAAACUUCUUAGGAAUAUAUUAAGAUUAAUUUGUAAUCUGUUAACUUCGUUAGUCACGUGGUAUACGUGAUAUUACAAAUCUUGUAACUGAAUUAAGUGUAUAAUGCAGAAUUGAUACGAGAAACAAAACGGAAUCAUUGUACUUAGAAUUAUUUGUACUUUUAAUGACUUUUAUUGAUCUACUUCUAUUUGUUAAUUAAGGCAAUAAAUGUUUCUGUGCCAUUUUAGAAAACCAGUAACAUUUAGAAGUCAACAUUUUUUAAUUUAAAUGAUAUUGUACUUGAAAAGUUCUUGUACUAGAAAAAUACAGUAUUGAUGCUUGGAUACAAUAUAUUUUAUACGCAAACGUGUUAUUUGUGAUUUUAAUACGAAGUUAAAAAAUGUGGGCUCAUAUUUUAAAAUAUUCCUCAUUUGUAGAAUCAAUAUUCAUUUUCGAAGGAUAACGUUUUUAUACAAAAUGAAAUAAAAACUGAACUUUUGAAAGUGAUCUAUUAUAAAUUAUUUGAAAACGUUUUGAGUCGAAGGCAGAAUAUAUUAUUUAGAUAUGAAUAAUUUAUAUUAUUAAAAUAUUGUAGAAAUUUCUCAUCAUGCGCAGAACACGAUUUUUAUAUUUAAAAUGGAAAUUUAUUUUAUGAUAAAAAAAAUUGUAAUUCAUGAAUGUGUAAAAAAUAGUAUUUUUCACUUGAAACAUUACUUCAAAUUCAUCAUUUGUAAAUAUAAGAUAAAACAAUAAGUAUAAUUGAAUCUACACACAACUGUUAAAUGUAUUAUUUAUUUUGUAAUGCAUUUAAUGAUAUACAAAUUUUGUAUUAAUUAUAAUGAAUUUAUUGUAAUUAAUCAUAUUGUUAAAUUCCUGAAUUUAUGAUUUCUGUUCCUAAUAUAAAAAUUUUGUUGUAAUUAAAAGGUGUUCUAAUUUAAUUCUAUGCAAUGUAAUUAUCAUAAAAUUAUAUGCUUCUUGAAAACAUUGAAAUAUGCGACUGAGCACAAUUCAGGAAUCAGUGCUCCGUGUUCGAUUUCUCCCAUUGAAUGAAGAUGUU